AUGACACCUUCCAAGCACAGCGAGAGUGACUGGCAGGGACUGGUCAGCGAGUUCCUGGUGUGCAAGCGCAAACUGGAGAGCAAGAAAGAGGCUCUGCUUAUUUUGUCCAAGGAGCUUGACACCUGUCAACAAGAGAGGGACCAGUACAAGUUGAUGGCGAAUCAGCUGAGAGAGCGCCACCAAGGACUCAAAAAGAAGUACAGAGAGCUAAUCGAUGGCGAUCCCUCUCUGCCUCCUGAAAAACGUAAUCAAGUGAACUUGGCACAGCUUCUGAGAGACUCGAGGGAAAAGGCAAAGCAGCUCGGAGAGGUGGUUAAAGAGCUGACACAGAGGCUUUCAGAAGCCCAGGGGGACAACAAGCUGCUGAGGAUGACGAUAACGCGUCAGAGGCUUGGCGAUGACGAAGUGGGAACAAGACACUUUCCUGCACAUGAGCGAGAAGAUCUGGUUCAGCAGCUAGAGAGGGCUGGACUGCAGAUGGAGGAGAUGGAGAUUAACAUAAAAGCGCUGACCGAUGAGCUUCAGGAUGUAAAAGCAGAACGCAGCGUGUACCAGGAAAAGGCCAAGAGACUCAAUACGGAACUCAACCACAUUUUGGGAAACCAUGAAACGCGGCUCAUUGAUUUGGAUGCCCUCUGUAUGGAGAACAGAUAUUUGCAGGAUCGUUUUAGCCAAGUGCAGGAGGAGGUUAGUCUGCUGAAAUCAAACAUCAUGAAGUACAAGACUGCUCUUGACAGAAGAAAAAACAAUGGGAAAGGCAUAAGCGCACCCCUCACAGGUGUCCUCUCUGCAAAACAAGUACAGGAGAUGCUUCUAGAGGAGCGGGGAUGCAGUCUACCAGCCACCCCUCAGUCCAUCGCUGACCUCAAGUCCCUGGCCACGGCUCUGCUCGAGACGAUUCAUGAGAAAAACCUGGUCAUCCAACAUCAAAGGCACACCAACAGGAUACUGGGAAACCGUGUGGCUGAUUUAGAAAAGAAGCUAAAAACAUUGGAAGUCUCAGGUCUUUGGAGUCUUCCAGGAGCACAGGACAAUAUGGCUGUGAAGGAGCGUCUACAACCUGAGCUCCAUCCUACACUCGUCACAUCACUGCCAAACAUGCUGCCACCCAAAGUGACGGCAGACGGCAGAAGUGCACAUGAAUCAUCAUGGGAGAGCCACACCGCUGGCAGCGACCUUGGCACAGAUGGCGUCAGCAGAGAAGACACACCUGCCCUGCUCAGCAGCCUGGAUCCUCUCGUGGGGCUGGAGAUGAAUGGGAUUGACAGGACACAGAGAGACACGACCCCGACUGAAGGAGCCCUGGUGGAGCUGGGUGAUGGCCGCAGUCCAGUGGAGGAGGCGGGACAUGCGGAGGAAAGCGUUGAUGAUGAUGAAGAACUGUGCUCUACUGUGGAGGAGGGGGAGGAGGCAGCUCUGGCUCUGGAUGCCCCGCCCUCUGAACCAGACCUGUCAUGGCUCUCACUGCGGGCCUCCCCAGGUGAUCACUCUAUAGUUCAUCAUGUGAACGGCUCUAACUGGGAUCCUGAGCCUCGCAGAGAGCCUGAUCCAGUCCUGGAGCGGCAGACAGCAGACGUGUCAAACGUGACCAACUGGGACAUUCAAACUGACUCUGCACAGACUGACACCUGUCACACUGAAAACCUGGCCUAG